CUAUUUUAACUCUGGAACAAAUGGUCUUAGAGGGUUCACAAUGACUUUGACUAAAGAUACGAACUAUUAUAUCGAAGUCUAUUAUCAAGAGUGGACAGGAAGUACCUAUUUUUAUGUUCAGUGGACUGUUCCAGGUACUUCAAGAGUUACUAUUCCUUCAGUCAACUAUGUUUGGCCUGAAUUUGUUACAACUGCUCCCUUCACAAUUGAUAUUGCCUGUCCAUCUGGGUACACCCACACAAACACAGACCACCCAGACGAAUGCUAUCCCGUGUGUGGAGACAGCAUGAGGGUCGGAACAGAAGUCUGCGAUGAUGGCAACACUCGCUCGAAUGAUGGAUGUGCUGAAGACUGCCUCUCGGUAGAGACCAACUGCACAUGAACAGGAGGUAGCGCCUCACAAGCCGACUAUUGCUCUUGCCUGACCAGCUUCGUGAACGAAACAGUGGUUGAAGAAUAUUCCACUGCUUCCAAAGUGAUGGUCUUUGCAGUCUUCGGAGUGUUCACCUCUGUGUCAGUCGCCGCCAUCGUAGUUACCGUUAUUGUGGAGUUGAGACAGCCAAUUCAGUACUCACAGAUCCAGCAGAGAAGCAUUCGAGUCACACAGAAAGUCAAGGCGGAUGCUCAGAAGAAGAUCGAAGCAGAGAGAAGGAAGAGAAGUACCAGAUACGAAGCUUAAG